AUGGUGUCAGAGUCCCCCCAGGUCCUGGUCCACUCCAGUGUCAUCACCGAUGGAGCCACAAUUGUGUCAGACUCCACCACGUCCUCUGACCUCAGCUCUGCCAUUGACAAAAUCAUUGAGUCCACGAUCGGGCCCGACAUCAUCCAGAGCUGCAUCGCCGUGACCAGCGCGGAGGAGGGCGGGGCAGAGACCACCCAGUACCUCAUUCUGCAGGGCCCUGACGAUGGUGCUCCCAUGGUGUCCCAGAUGGCUACAUCUGCCCUGGCUGGUAGUUUGGCUGUAGAAGCUGUUGCUGAUGGACCAACCUCCACGUGCCUUGACCAGCCUGGCCCUUCCAAUCCUCCCAAGCAGUCAGAAGUGCUGGAACUGCCAACACGGCAUGAUCAGGCCCAGGAGGUGGACGGUGGGGAGGAGCUAGAGCAGCCAGACAUGGAGACCCUGGAGGAGAUGAUGGAGGUGGUGGUUGUGCAGCAGUUCAAGUGCAAGAUGUGUCAGUACAAGAGUGUCUCCAAGAAAACGCUGAUCAACCACAUGAAGGAGCGGCACUUCCAGCCAGUGGGCUCAGCUCUGGCUUUGAAGAAAGGACGUUCACGAAAGGGGGGUUCCGCUCCGAAGUCUGCGGAGGAGGAGGUGGCAGAAGAGGAAGAAGAUGACGAUAUCAUGGAUGCUGGUGCUAUUGAUGACCCUGAAGAGGACAGUGACUACAACCCGGCCGAGGACGAGCCCCGCGGGCGGCUGCCCAGGCUCAGCUGCACGGUCCCCACGUCCAGCGAGGAGAGGCCGCGGCGACGCCCAGGGAGACCCCGCAAGUGUCCUCGUCUGGAGGACGUGGCCCAGGACAUGCCAGAGGGAGGUGAGGUGGAGCCCUUGGUGCCGCCCCAGAGCCCCCCCAGCCAUGAGCUUCAGAGCUCGGAAGCAGCCAGUUCCUCUGGCCUGGAGAAUGGGAGCAGCGAGAGCCUGGCAGAGCCGAGCAUCAGCCAGUCUGACUCUGAGAACAAGGACCCAUCCUCCAACAUGGGCCCCGAGGAGGCAGACAUGGUCCCCCGGCGGCGCGGGCGGCCCUCCCGCCGCUUCCUGGGCAAGAAAUACCGCAAGUACAUGGGGCGCAGGUACUACUACAAGUCUCCGAAGCCUCUGAUGCGGCCCUACCUGUGCCGGAUCUGCGGCUCGCGGUUCCUCACGCACGACGACCUGCGCUUCCACGUCAACUCGCACGAGGCCAACGACCCGCAGCUCUUCAAGUGUCUGCAGUGCAGCUACCGCUCCCGCCGCUGGUCCUCCCUCAAGGAACACAUGUUCAAUCAUGUGGGCAGCAAGCCCUACAAGUGUGAGGAGUGCAGCUAUACCAGUGUAUACAAGAAGGACGUGAUUCGGCACUCCACAGUGCACAGCCGGGACAGGAAAAAGAGAGCUGAUCCGCCCCCCAAGCUGAACUUCCCAUGCCCCGUAUGCAACCGUGUCUACCCUAUGCAGAAGAGGCUUACACAGCACAUGAAGACACACAGCACAGAGAAACCACACAUGUGUGACAAGUGUGGGAAGUCCUUCAAGAAGCGGUACACCUUCAAGAUGCACCUGAUGACACACAUCCAGGCCAUCGCCAACCGCAGGUUCAAGUGCGAGUUCUGUGACUAUGUCUGUGAGGACAAGAAAGUGCUGAUGAACCACCAGCUGUCACACAUGAAGGACAAGCCCUACAAGUGCAGCUUCUGCAAGUACUCCACCUUUCGUGAGGACUUCCUGGUGUCACACAUGGCUGUCAAGCACACAGGAGGAAAGCCCUUUGCUUGUGAGUUCUGCCACUUCACCACCAAGCACAAGAAGAACCUGCGCCUCCACGUGCACUGCCGCCACGCUGACUCCUUUGAGGAGUGGGCACAGAGACACCCCGAGGAGCCGCCCUGCCUCUCGCUCCCGCAGGCGCGUCUUGGCCCUGUCGCCCUCCACGCGGUCCAGGCCAUCCCGGGGACUGAGCCCCCCGUCCUCUCACAGGACGCCCUGGGAGGGGCCACCAUCAUUUAUGAACAAGAUGUGGGUGGGUCAGCAGAACUGGCCACGCAGACAGCCCUGGACCUGCUGCUGAACAUGAGCACCCAGCGAGAGCUGGCUGCAGGCUCACUGCAGGUGGCUGUGGUGAAGCCAGGGGACACGCAGGGCCCCUGCGAGAUGCAGGAGGAGGGGGCAGAGGGGGGCUCUGAGGAGCCCCGGCAGAAGCUGGUGACGCUGCACAUGGCGGAGCCUGGGGAGACACUGGUGCAGGAGGCAUACGAGGAAGCAGCCCUGGGUGGCUCAGAAUUGCAGCAGAUCACCAUUCCCUUUGGCGGAACAACCGAGUACAGCAUUAUCACCCCCAUCAGUGAAGAGAACCCAGCCCCAGGCACACUGUACAGGUCAGCUGAGGAGAGCUCUGCAGAGACCUCCCACGCUGUUGUGGUGAGCGAAGCUGUGAUGGCUGAGGAGGCUCUGAAGGACCACAGCAAUCACUACGUCAUGUCAUCCGACGUCCCAGGGAGCCAGUUCCAUCACGUGGAGCCCCUCAGUGAGGACACAGCCCUUCCCACGCCUGCAGAGGGCCAGGAGGCACAGCCCACCAGCGUCAAGUGGCCCCUGGUGCAGUGUGUCACCAGGCAGAUCCAGAAGGACUCGUCUUUGUCCCCAGCCUCUGAGGGGCAGGAAGUCUCAUCCCCAAAGGUCAAGUGGCCUGCGCUCCAAGGCGUGGCCAAGAAGCUCUCGUGCAAGGUUUCCACAGCUAAGAAGCUCUCAUGCAAGAUUUCCACAGCCAAAAAGUUUUCCUGCAAGAUUUGCACAGCCAUGUUCACAGGAAGGGCAGAAAUGGAGAGUCACAAAAGAGCCCACAUUGGGCCUAGCACCUUCAAGUGUCCUGACUGCCCGUUCACCGCAGCCCUCUGGCCAGAGGUUCGGAGCCACAUGGUCCAGCAUGCCAGCCUGCGGCCGCACAAGUGCCCCCACUGCAGCUUCGCUUCCAAGAACAAGAAGGACCUGCGCAGGCACAUGCUGACCCACACCAACGAGAAGCCCUUCGCCUGCCAGGUCUGCGGGCAGAGGUUCAACCGCAACGGACACCUCAAGUUCCACAUGCAGCGUUUGCACAGUGUGGAGGCGAAGCAGCCGGCGGCACCUGCGGCUGCUGCCCAGACCAUCAUCCUGAACAGUGACGAGGACACACUGGCCACCCUGCAGACGGCUCUGCAGGCCGGGCAGGCAGUGCUGGCUCCCCCGCGGCUCCAGCAGGCCCUGGGCCAGGAGCACAUCAUCGUGGCACAGGAGCAGAGUGUCACCGUGGCAGAGGAGCAGAGUGUCACCAGCCAGGAGGAGGCUGCCUACAUCCAGGAGAUCACGACAGCUGAUGGACAGACAGUGCAGCACUUGGUGACCUCUGACAACCAGGUUCAGUACAUCAUUGCCCAGGAUGGCGUACAGCACUUGCUUCCCCACGAGUAUGUUGUUGUCCCUGAGGGACAUCACAUCCAGGUACAGGAUGGUCAGAUCACCCACAGCCAGCAUGAGCAGAGCAGCCAGUUCCUCCCGGAGCAGCAGAUCCAGUACAUGCCUGUCUCGCAGGAGCAGCAGCUGGUCACCCAGGCACAGCUGGAGGCGGCUGCACACUCGGCUGUCUCAGCAGUGGCCGAUGCAGCCAUGGCCCAGGCACAGGGCGUGUUUGCCACCGAGGCCACGGCUGAGCAGAUCCAGCAGCUGCAGCAGGGGAUCCACUACGACGUCAUCACGCUGGCAGAAUAG